AUCUUAGCUUUCUCCUCGCAGAUGCAAUUGCGCGAACACCUCCAAACUCCCGAGUCCCCUCUCCUCUCUCGUCUUCCUCUCCACGACGACCUCUCCGCUUCAAUUCUGCGCCGCCGCCUCAGAGCGCCAUGGACUUCAGCGGCGACAUCGAUGACCUGAUCUCCCUCCAGCUCCUCCACGAUCAGCUGCUCGGGGUCGAGGCCGACGCGUGCCUCCCGGUGGCAGUUCAUCACGAUGGCGUCGCCGCGUUCGCCGAGCAUCAGCAGGGUUUCCAUCCCGCGGCGUUCUUGCCGCAGCAGCCGAUGACGAUGACACCGGCUGGGUACGUGGACAUGGCGAAUGAUCAGUAUUUGGGUGCGCAUGCCGCCGCUGGCGAGGCGGAGGCGGUCUACCGGGCGGCGGCGGCGGAGCCGGUGAUGAUACGGUUCGGCGGCGAGGUGUCCCCGGUGUCGGACCCCCGGAGGCCGCCCCUGACGAUCUCGCUGCCUCCGACGUCGCACGCGUGGGCGGCGGCGGAGGCGGUGCACCCGGCCGCUCUGCUGCAGGCGCAGACCGCGGCCGCGGCCGCCGACCCGAACGACUUCCGGAAGUACCGCGGCGUGCGGCAGCGGCCGUGGGGCAAGUUCGCGGCGGAGAUCCGCGACCCCAAGAAGCGGGGCUCGCGCGUGUGGCUCGGCACGUACGACACGGCCAUCGAGGCGGCGCGCGCGUACGACCGCGCCGCCUUCCGCAUGCGCGGCGCCAAGGCCAUCCUCAACUUCCCCAACGAGGUCGGCUCCCGCGGCGCCGACUUCCUGGCACCGCCGCCGCCGCCCCCGCCGCCGACGACGUCGACCCACGGCAAACGGAAGCGGCACGAGACGGCGGCGGCCGACCCGGACGUCGAGGUGAUCGGAGAAUCAUCCAAAUCCGUCAAGACCGAGACGUACACAUCGCCGGCGUCGUCGUCGCUGGCCUCAACGACAACCUCAACGGUGACAUCAUCAUCCACGUCGCCUUCCCCCUCGUCGGAGGCAGCUGCCUGCGGCGGCGGCGGCGGCGAGCUGUUCGUCCCACCGAUGCCGUCGAGCUGGUCGUGGGAUCAGUUGGAGGGGUUCUUCGGCAUCCUCUCGCCGCUCUCGCCGCACCCGCAAAUGGGAUUCCCGGAGGUCGCCGUAAACUAAUUAAGCGCGCUAAUGAUCUCUCUAAGCAUGAUUAAUUAGGCGCAAUAAUCGGCAAUUAAUUAGUGGCUUCUAGUUCUCGACGGCCUUCGCUUUGGACACAUCUCAGGAGAUUUGGCUUGGAGCAGUGUACUAUACUGUACAGAGGAGAGAAGAUAGUAUAUUAGCGCAUGCAUGUGACGGGUACUGAAUGUGUGCAUCGACAUAGGUGUUGGAGAUACACUCUAGAUAUCUUGAAAAUAAUAAGAGGAAAUAAUAGUAUAGGAUGGGUGAUAAUAACAUUGUAAAUUAAUUAAUUAAAUGAAGAGUAAAUGUGUACUAGUUUGUUUUAUGUUCUUUUCUUGGGAUCAGAUCGAUCAAUCGGUGUC